AUGUCGUCGAAAGAACCACGUAUAGUCUAUCAACCGCUCCAUCCCUCCACCAGACUAAGACUUGACCCCGAAUAUAUCGCGUACCACGACAGCGUCCUUCAGUACCUCCCAGCAGAUGAUGAGAGGCCCUGGACACCAUCAUUCCGUACCUGGGCAAAUAUCAUCAAUACCACACCUGUCGCCGUGGGCGGUAUUAGAGAUGUCACUAUUCCCAAGCUCUCUCCCACCGACAGAUCGCCUCUGCAAGCGCGCGUCUUCACACCUGAUCCAGAGCUCUCGCCACCAGAAUCCGCCAACGGCUGGCCAGUCCUGCUAUGGUUCCAUGGCGGUGGUUUCGUACUAGGUGGUCUGGAAAGCGAGAAUGACCUUUGUGCCUUGUUCUGUCGCACGGCAGGAUGUGUGGUGGUCUCUGUCGCAUAUCGACUGGCGCCGGAGCACCCCUAUCCCGCAGCGGCGCAAGACGCUGUACGGGCUUUACGGUGGGUUGCCAGUGAAGAGGCAAGCAGAGAGCUGGGGUCGGAUCGGCAGCGAAUUGCGAUUGGAGGGACCAGUGCGUAA